GCUUUGGGGCUUAGGGUAUUAGGUGAACGUCAUCAAUACAUUUUAGAAAUCAUCAUUUCCCACCCUCUCAACAUGCAUGCAGUAAAUAUUUAAACGGCUGCGUCCCUUUUCCCUCGUUUAGAACGAAAAACAACCCCCCCCCUCCAAAGAGAGCAAGGUUUAUCCGCCUGCGGAACCAAUAUUUGGGCGCUUGCGUUCCGGACGGAUUGGUGGGGCGGGACCUUGUCGGAACCUUGUAGCGGAAGCCUUUUGUGGUACGGAAAGAUUGAGCGUGACUCCUUGUCGCUUCCAGGAUAAUGUGGCGGAGAAGUGCCAGGGUCCCCGGGAGGCUCUGUGCUGUGGUGCGCUUUGGUGCUCCACGAAAGGACGUGGCGGUGGCCUUGCGCAGUCAAGGACACAAAUUCUUUAGUACCACCACUACCUUCUGCAGUAAGGAAGAUGAUCAAAUCAGCUGCACCAAUACAAAUGUUUCACCAGAACAGGAGCAGGAAACAGAAGUACAAAAAAAGAAAAAUUUGCUGCAAUUAAUCCAUGGAAUGAAAAUAGAACUAAGUACAAAGAAGAAGAUUAUGGAGAAUUCCCAAAGCAAAUUGCUGGAAGAUGAUGAAAAAAGCAACCAACACGUCCCAGAAUUGGAGGCAGCAGCCUCUGCUGUUGCAUCUUCACUCCCAUUCGAUAAAGAAAAGACAACUUCCGAACUGUUGCAUUUGGUAAAAAAGCACAAGGAAGAAAUGAAUGCGCAUAGGAUAGCUGACCUAAGCAAGUUUAUGGCAAGCAUGAAAAUUAGAAGAAAACCUAUGAAACGAAAAGCCUUCAAAGCAUCCAGUGAAAUUGAAUGUGAUGAAGAUGAAGAUGGCAAUAUGGCACAUAUUAAGGAAAUUAGUAGCAUUAAAAGGAAUCUCUAUUCUGGAGAAAGGCUACAGAUUUUCACUCCUAAAUCAGAGGGAGCACAUAAAACAGGGGUGCUCAAACGUUUUGACAUGCCAACAAUUUGGGAUCUAGAAUUUGCCAAAACCAUUACAUCCAACUUUUCACUUCCACCCCAGAAUGGUUUUGAGGAGAUGAUACAGUGGACAAAUGAGGGAAAACUUUGGGAGUUCCCAAUUAAUAAUGAAGUUGGACUUGAAGAUGAUGCUGAAUUUUAUGAACAUAUAUUUCUGGAUAAGCAUUUGGCGGACUUUCCUAAAGAAGGACCAAUUCGUCACUUCAUGGAACUUGUAACAUGCGGACUUUCCAAAAAUCCCUACUUAAGUGUGAAACAAAAAGUAGAACACAUUCAAUGGUUCCGGGAUUAUUUCAAGGAAAAAGAAGAGUUGCUGAAGGAAAUUGAAGCCCAUGAGAAGGAGGCUUUGGUUCAAAUAGAGAAUACAUCAAAAUGAAAACUCAAAAAGUCAUGUUCUAAUGUAAAUAAUCAUUGGGAGGUUGUACAGCAUAAUCUGGAAAGAACCUGAUUCAGAGAUAUCAAAACUGGCAACAGUGGUUUAAUUUUGCUUGCAAAUUAUUGAAUAAAAUGUAUAUUUCUCUGUUUAUUAAUGUUCUUAAAAUAGUGUUUACAAUGUUUUGCUCUAAAAUAUUGGAGUGAAAUCAGUCUGAAGAUUAACGAGAAACCAUCAACUGAUGUUCAUUGGUAAUGCUUACUAAUAGUAGCACUUUAGGAUAAACCUUUCUGUAUUUUUACAGUUUUAUUUCCCCAUUUUCAAUAAUGAAAAUAUAAAAUGGAAUUAAGUCA